AGACACAUUCGUACAACUCAACUCACUCAUUCUUCAUAAAAAACCCAUUUCAUCAAAUCGCACAAAAGUUUUUCAGAGUCUUUUUUCUUUGACCAAAUGGCUUCUCUCCAUUCAAUCUCUAUGACCACUCUCAACAAUCUCUCUUGUAAUCACCAAUUUCAUCGGACCUCUCUUGUCGGUUUCUCAAGAUCUUUCCAGCAUCUUGGGAUAUCAUCUAACGCUCCAGAUCUUUCCUCUCGAUCAAGUUCCAUUCCCACGAACCUCACUCUGUCUCGAGCUCUCUCCCAGAACUCGGGAAAUACCGAAAUUUCCAGACCAAGUAAAGUUCAAGAACUCAACGUGUACGAGCUCAACGAAUUAGACCGAGACAGCCCAAAGAUUCUAAAAAACGCCAUGAGCCUAACGUUCGGUCUCGGCGAUCUCGUCCCGUUCACCAACAAACUCUACACCGGCGACCUCAAAAAAUGCGUCGGAAUCACCGCCGGUCUCUGCGUCGUGAUCGAACACGUCCCGGAGAAGAACGGUGACCGAUACGAAGCCACUUACAGCUUCUACUUCGGCGAAUACGGCCACUUAUCCGUACAAGGACCGUACUUGACUUACGAGGACUCGUUCCUCGCCAUUACCGGUGGCACCGGAAUCUUCGAAGGUGCCUACGGACAGGUCAAGCUUCAACAGCUUGUGUUCCCGACAAAACUCUUCUACACUUUUUACCUUAAAGGCAUCGCUGGUGAUUUGCCGGCGGAGCUCACCGGAACUCCUGUUCCACCGUCGAAAGAUGUGAAGCCGGCCGCAGAAGCUAAGUCACUGGAGCCAAACGGAGUUAUUAGUAGCUUUACUAGUUAAAUUCAUUGUAUUAGUCCUCUGUUUCUAGAAAAAGUUAUUCAAUUUGCAUAACAUGUUAUUGAUAAACAGAACAUAUAUAUAACACGUGCAAUAAAGUUGGGAACUUUAUAUGUUUAGAAA